CUGCAAACUGAGAGUAAGUUGUUUGUUAUUGUAGUAUCUACUAAAUCCACAUUCAAUGGGAUCCUCAAAAGUCCCUCUGAAUCAUAACCGUCCAAUUUCACCACCGAAGGGUUCUCACUUGACUACACGUGCUGCCCAUCUUUUUUUUCCUUUUUAAUGUUUUGCUUCCAUGCAUGAAAUUCUCCUCCUACUACAGCACAAUAACAAAGAGAAAGAGUCAUGUUUUGCUUUGAUUCUUCUUUAUAGAACCCCUUCAUCACCAUCAUUAGCGACCCAUCAUCAUCCUCUUCAAAAGCUUUGAUUUUCUCCGCUAUGAGAAUUGCCUGUUAAUUUCUUUUUCAUCUUUUCUUGUUUUAGCUUUCAAGAGAGGCUAAAUGUGUGUGUACUUGAGAAAUGGGAUUUGAAGGGCCUCUUUUGGUUGUUCUGAUCUUGUACUUUACAAAAACUGUCACAUCUCUCAACGCUUUUGAUUCUUCUGAUCAAUCAGUAGUGACAAAGAAAAUAAACUUCGUGAUCUGUUGUCUCUGUUUCUCGAUCUGAAUUUUAUUUUUGCUGCUGCUUUCUCUGCUUAGUAUGAUUUUGGGUCUUCUUUCAAUCAUGAAAAAUGCUGCAUCUUUGAAGGCUUCAGGUAAGGUAUGAGUUACUGAUCUGCCAUCCUUCACUGGGUAUUUUUGAUUUUGUGCAAUCAGAUCAAUCAUGGAAGCAAAUCCGAAGAAAAAAUUGUUCAUCUGUAAGUUUUGUAACAAGAGGUAUCCUUGUGGCAAGUCUUUGGGUGGUCAUAUUAGGAUCCAUCUGAAUGGGAAUGGGAAUUCAAUUGAUAUAGAAGAAGAUGACGUCAAGCUCAACUCAAUCAAGUCUUUUGCUGCUGUCGAUGGAAGCAACAGCAAGAGGGACUCUGAGCCUGAAGCGGGUGCCCAAUCUGGUUAUGGUCUUAGAGAGAACCCCAAGAAGACUAGGAGGUUUUUGCUGGAUUCAAAAAACAGUAGUUUUCUGCAAGAAAAGGUGUGCAAGGAAUGUGGUAAAGGGUUUCAAUCAUUGAAAGCUCUCUGUGGUCACAUGGCUUGUCACUCUAAGAAUAGCUUUGAAGAUCACUCAGAGCCUACUGAGAAGCUCAAAGAUCAAGUUAUGGAUAGCCAAUCUGAUACUGAGACAUCGACUCCUAGUAAGCGAAAGAGAUCCAAAAGGAUGAGGUACAAGACUAUUGGUGUUUACUCUUCUUCAAUUUUUUUGGCCAAUGGUUCUAUGUCUUCUGCUUCUGAUAUAGAGCAAGAGCAAGAAGAAGUUGCUAUGUGUUUGAUGAUGUUGUCUAAGGAUUCUGGUUUUAAAGGUUGUUUUAGUUCGAUUGCAGAUUCCUCAGAUAACAAUUCUGCGGUUUUAGAGACCAAAUCAUCGUCUCCCAAAAUGAAAAUUAGUGUAAAGAAUGGGGUUAGUUGUGUGUAUGAUGAUGAUAGGAUUUUGGAGAUGAAGAAAGCAAAGCAACAGGAAAUGUUGUCAAUUGAAAAUGAUCACUCUGACAAUUCUGAUUCUGGGUAUUUUAGAAAUGGACCCAAAAGAGUUGAAUCUGAUAUUUCUGUUCAUAGAUUUACUGGGAACGAUGAAUUCAAGAAGCAUAAAGUGGAAUUUGAGUCUAGAUUUGGAGAGGACUUCGAUCCUGAAUUGGGGAAGAGAUUAAGCAGGUUUAGGCGAAUUAAAAUGGAAUUGCGGAAGGAUCUUACUGAGGAAGACAGAUAUGAUGAAGCUGAUAGAGCUCCACUGAAGUAUGAUUCAAGAAAGAGAGGCAAGAACGAAUCUUACCAUACUGAAUUUCUUAGCAGCAAUGCUUCAAAGACAGCAGGAGGACACAGGACCAACCAUAAAAAGACUACCAUUUGUAGUGACAGAGUUUAUGGGAGUGGUGAGAACAGCAUAGAUAGUAACUGUGUUCCUAAUCCAUUGCCUAGUGGUAGCAUUAGCAGUAAGAAAAUCAAAUCUUGCAGUGGGAAAAACCCAAUUAAGCAUAAUUUGUCUGGAAGUUCAGAGAAAAAAUUGGGUUUCAGAAAAGUCAAAGUACAUGAAUGCCCAUUUUGCUUUAAGGUUUUCCGGUCAGGUCAAGCUUUAGGUGGUCACAAGAGGUCCCAUUUCGUUGGAGGUGCUGAGGAUAGAACUGUGGUGAUUAACCAAGAAGUGCCUAAGAUAUCGAUGCCUGGAUUAAUUGAUCUCAAUCUUCCAGCUCCAAUGGAAGAAGAUUCAAAUGGGUAUUAUAUUCCAACAUGGUAAUUCUCGAAUUUCUGCAAGUGGGUAAGCCUAACAGAAAUCGGUUUUCGAUGAAGAUUCCAGGGAAGAUAAAAGUGUAAAGGCAGGUUGGUGAAUGUUUUUAGUUGUUUUGCUUCAGAUUCAAGGAUGUCUUACAGAGGUAACGUUUCAUUUGUUGCUUAAGAAAUGGAAGAAGCAUCAUCUUUUUUUUUUUUUUUGGAGGCCCUUAAAUUCGUAGACCCUUUUGCUUUGGUGAACAUAGAUAUAAUAUUUUUGAAUACCAAGUUUCUUUCUUUGCUGUUAUUCCUGAUUGUAUGCUACUUGAUUUCUUCAUUUUAAUUUUUUUUUAUAUAUGGGUAAUGCAACCAUUAACUUUUGA